CGAGGGGGGGACACUGUACCGGUGCGUGUGCCAGUGCGUUAGCGCGUGCCUGAGUCGGCGUGCGCGUGUUGGCGCCUCCAGCCCCGCUACAACGGUCUGCAGCUGACUGACAGCACCCGCCAACCGCCCGCUGGAAUCCGUGUCCGCCAUAGCCAGUACCGCUUCAACCGUGCCACCUGUGGAAAACGCAACUGUCAAAGUGACGCACCUGCUAUCCCUCCACGAGUGGUUUCUCUGCUCCUCGCAAGUGCCGUUAGUUACCACACGCAGUGUCCGACAGCGCUCUGCGACGUCCUUUCCCUACUGGUCCGCGCGGAUUUGACAUCACUAAAACACUGGAAGUGGUGAAGUGUAGACUCUCCAGGAAUUCUCCUAGAAGAAGACAUAGUCCAAGACCAGGUGAAAGGAUUGCAACCGUUCCAGUAAGUUCCGGAGCGUGGGCGCGCGCGUAACGUCAUUAUUGCCGCGUCAAGGACGUUCCAGUGUGCGGAUCUUGGAUAGCGUCCAGCGACCGUUGGUGGACCAGCUCCGCGCAGCGUCUCGGCGCUCGGCUACGUAUUUUGCAAAAACCAGAACUGCCGCGAGCCAUGGCGCUGCUGUGUUUCCAGUGUGCGGGGACGGUAUUUGCAGUCUCUGCCGAGCGGAGGCCAGCGGUUUGAUAUUGUGUCGCGUGUGUUAUUGUUCUUCGUUCUCUACUGUUAGCUCUCGCCCCGAGGCAUUGUGCUGCAGCGUUUAGUCGUGACACGAGCCACGAUAAACUACAACAGCGCACAAUAGUGGUGGUGGUGUUCCGUCUCGCAGGAGGCGGUAUCUUUUCAAACAGUCUCCAAAAGUCAGUCAAGAUUUCGUCCGCCAUUCGUUCCCGCCUGACAGCCAUGUCGGAGGGCUUCCGCGCGCGGGACAUUGGCCUGCGCGCCCAGAAGAAGAUUCUCGGCCGCAUGGCCAGCAACAAGUCGGUGGCGAAAGUCUUCAUUGACGAAACCACGGGCUCGCUACUCGACAACGUCUACCGGCUGGCCAAAGCAUACACUGGAAAUCGCAAAGAAGCGGAAAAGUUGGUGAAGAACAUCAUAAAACUGGUUGUGAAGUUAGGAGUGCUCUACAGAAAUGGGCAGUUCAGCAAUGAAGAGCUGCAUCAUGCAGAACGCUUCAAACAGCGGUUUCAUUCAACUGCCAUGGCUGUUGUUUCGUUUUAUGAGGUGGAUUUCAGUUAUGAUCGUAUGUAUCUUCUAACUGCCCUGGCUGAAGCUCGUACAGCGCUGGGUUUACUGGUUGGACGUCACCUUACUGACAAGAGCAUCACACGAAUUGACUCAAUUUUCAACUUCUUUGGUGAUCCCCAGUUCCUCGACACAGUUUUUCGACGAGAUUCUGAACUUCGGCCAGAACUAGGGCGAGUGGUUGAAGACAUGAACCGAGCAAUGGAUGAAGGUGGCAUGUAGUGACUGUGACAUUCCCUUCUGGUUGUCUGUCAGCCUCAAGUAGUUAUGUGUGCACCAAUAAAAGUAAAGGUACACUAGACUGUUGGGACAGCUUAUCACCAGCGAUGAAGAUUAUAUACCACUAGCUGGAACAAAUGAAUCUAUUGCUUAUUGAAUGAGUACCACAUGGUGUUAAUAUUGCCAUAAAUUGUAUCAGCAUUUUUAAAUAUCUUGCCAGGUAUAUACAUUGUGAAAAAGAGGUUGGUUUUUGCAAAUUUCUGUACUACCUCUGUAGAAGUACAGAAUUAAUUUUUCUCCCCAAAGAUGUGGCCUUGUAGGCAGCCACAUUCCAUAUCAUUGUUGUAGAGUGGUAUAGUUGUCUGCUGAACUAAGUAGCAUGAAUGCAGGUCCCAGUUCUUUCGCUGUGUGCUUUGAUUUUUUCAAAUAACUCACUAAUGCAUCCUCACAUCCUUCUUACAUUUCACUGGCAAAUUUCACAAAAUCAGUUUGAUUUUGCUUAAAAAAUUUGCUACAGUUUUAUAACUUAGUAAAAAAAUCUACAAAUUUCAAAAUGUUGCUCAAAGCUUGUUUUUAAAUAGUCUGUAAUGACUCAUUUCAGCUUUGUGUAAGAAAAAGUACUUCAAUAAGAGGGCUACAAGUAAGUGAAUACUUAACUCACAAAUGGAGAUACAACUGGCAAAUAAAAAAUAUACUGAAUAUGGAUUCAUCAGUUUUUGAACCCACCGUAUGAUUGUCACAAGUGAAGUUAUUUGUCACUCCUACAACUACAAUAAUUGUCAUGUUCUGAAUUUUGCACCUAGUUUUCCCCACAGUUCGAGCUAUACUUCCCAGAUAAAAAUUUGUGUAAUAUAACAUUUCAUUAAAGAACUUACAAUUGUACAUAAACUAAUCUACAUGCAAUCCCUAUACAAUAUCAGCACCUUUCAUUGCAAGAAGUCACUGCCAUAUUUUGAGAAUUUAUUUGAUUAUAAAGUUGUGUCAAUAAACAAAUAUUUGCUGCAUAUAUUUUGAUAAACUAUUUGACUAGUCUUCUAGUAAUGUGCACAUCAAACUGUUUACGCACUGUGUCAUUUUAUAAAAACCUCAUACAAGUCACUGCCUUUGUUUUUCUGAUGUUUGUUCAAGCAAGUGAAAUUCACAGAGAAAUGAGAUAAGAUAAAUUUAUUAUGAGUAACUCAUAAAUGUGUAAGAUAACAUUUUGCAUCUGUUAAUUUAUGUACAUACAUAUCACAAAUGACCAAGGUACAUCCAAAGUUUUGUACUGCAUCUAUACAAUGUAACCAUAUAGUAUUAUAAAAUGCAUUAAAUAGUGUAGAAGUGUCAAAAGAAACAAAAAAAUACUUUCAGAAAAGGUAUGUAUCUCAGUGAAACAAUAGGAAUCUGUUUGAUCAGCAACAUUGUGCUAAAGCCCUGUGGACAUUUUGAAUAAAAGUCUUACACUUUCACAGUUUUACAAAAAAAUUAUAACAGUUAACCAAGGCACACACACACACACACACACACACACACACACACACACUCUUCUCUCUCUCUCUCUUUCUGCUAAUUCUACUGCCUGUCCUAUCUUAAUAUCUGGUAAUGCCUUUGUUUGAAAAUAUUUUCUAUGAGUGUGCUUACUUUCCAUCUCCUAGUGUAAUGGCAUUGGACUAAGAGAGCUUAUCUUGCAUGUAUGAAAAUACAACCAAACAUGGGAAACACUAGCUGGGAUAGUUUUCAUAUCUUACAAGUUAAUUUAAAAACCUUACAACGAUAUAGGAAUGCAUGCUCAUUUGUGAUCCUUGCUGUAAUGGAACUGCCCCACUCAUUUUGCUCAUUGGUAGUGAAAUCAAGUAGUAUGACACAAGUAGCUAUUUGUUUUCCAAGUUGUAUGCAUCCGGUUCAAAGCAUGUGUGCAUUCUGCUAACAUGUAGUUGUAACUCCUGAUCACUCCAGUAAAGAAGGCAGUAAUUUUUAAAUACCUUCCUAAUUCCAUUGACUCUGUUAAAAAUCUAGUUAAAAUCCAUUUGAAUAGAAUAGUCACAUGUAUCGUGUAAUAUUGCAGACAUCAACCCAUUUUAUUUCAUAAGCAUGCAAGUAAGAGACUACCUUCUGGAAACCAAAUAGUGCACGCCAUUGGCCUUCUGCUGUUUGUACUGAUGACAGAUUUGACACUUGUCAUAACUACAGGCAUAAAUGAAUUCUGUAGAUCAGCUAACCAAACAUCAGUAAAAUUUUAUUCUGUCAAAAGAUACUUUGUAAACUACAGUGAAAAUUUUACUUUGCUGUAUUUGAGACUUGAUGAAAUGAUAUGCAUUGUGACAUAAUAAUAAGAGUGUAGCUGUCCUUUGUGAUAACUUGAUUUACUGUUUAUGCACCAUUCACGUGAUAAAUUGGGGGGGGGGGGAUUGAAAGGGAAAAGAAAGAACAAAAAUUAUGAACUUCAAAAUUUGAUGCUUCUACUUUACGAGGCUCAAGGGGAACAAAUGGUUGCUGGUACAACAAUGCAAUAGCUAUUUUUAAUUAACUGUUAAAGCUCAUGCAGAAGCAUAGUCAGAUCUAGAUUUAUGUUCCAAGAUAUACAGAAUAUUUUUUGUGCUUUCUUCAUCUGUCAAAUGAAUUAUUGUUAAGCCUAGUGACUACAGUGUAGAGGGGAGUGCAUAUCUUGUACGAAAUUGUAUUACUAUGUCUAUAACUAUUUAUUAUACUUGAUCCUGCUUGUUAUCAGGUGUAGUACACAAUGCACAUAGUUAUUUUUUCCUCUAUGUCUACUCAUUAAUGUAAUGUAACUGUUAUCCUUUGUGCAUAUUAUAUUACUCCAUACCUGUGACCAUAUACAAAAUGAAGGCAGUACAUUCCACUUCCAUUCUAUGCUAGUGUUUUUAUAACGCAAAGUUACGAUUUUUGUUAAAAAUAAGAAUACAGGACCCGUAUACUGGAUAACUUCUUAUUAAUAUGUCACUUUCAGCAAUUUCAGUAACUUUAAAUUGCAUUUUCAGCUAGUAAAGACAAAAUAAGAUACUAUAUUUUGAUACUGCACUUCAAAAUAAGACAAUAAAGUGUCCGCAGAAGGAUACUGUUCCACAUUGAGAAACAGGCUUGUAACAAUAGUAAUCUCUUUAUAAAUUAAUAUUACCAUAGACCAUUCACAUUAAUUUUCCUGUUGCAGUUUUUACUAACUAAAAUCAUUGGAACUAUUUUGAGGUCUAUGAUGAAUAUUUACAUAAAAAACUGAAAUAGAAAGCUGAAGUUAAAAGCUUGAAACUUAGAUACAAGACCAAAAUAAAAUAUUAUACUAAAUGGGCAAAAUAAGGUAACAGAGAAGUGAUGCUGUAACUUUCGUAUCCUUUGAAAGUAUAGCAUCUUUAUUGUGGAUGUUUCUUAAUAUCUCCCAUCAAAAUACUUUUGAUUUCAGUUUUAUCUUUUUUUUUUAGUAGUUUUGUUCUUACAUGGAAACAUAUUUUUUAUUCUACUUCUCAUUGGUCUAAGGCAUCUUUGUAUUUUUAAAAACAAAACCAUUACAGAACAUUCAUAGAAAAGUUCUUAUUGAUUCCAUUUUUAUGAAGCUUUUAAUUAACAACUCAUGCCAAUUACUCAGGCAACCCUGAUCAUCAAAUGAAUUGUAAUGCACAGGAUAAUUUUCAUAGUGGUACUCUUGUACAUAACAGUAACACACAUUGUCAUGUCUAAUUUUGACAGUUACUACCCCAGUUUAUUUGGGGAUGCCACUAAAUCUGUUAACAUGUUGCCAACUUUGACAGAAACCGUAUAAAAAUGAAUGGUGUAGAUGCCAUUACAUAAAGCCUUUGCUGCUCCUCGUAGACCUCGCAUCAGCAAAUCAAUACAACACCAUCAGUCUCUUAGUGGAGUUGGCAGCUAUCGCAGCACCUAGUCUUUGACAAGGCUACGGUCGUAGGGUAUAUACGAGGAUAAUCCCAAAAGUAAGGUCUCCUAUUUUUUUUAUAAGUACAUAGACCUGUUUAUUUCUACAGUGGUUUACAUCAGUUUACAGCUUGAAAAUUUAGAUAUUUUUCAAUAUAAUCACUA